AUGUCCUUCCCUUACUCCCAGGAUGCCCGUCGUCGGCGGGUUGGAGCCGGUGCGGGUUUCAGCGCCACGGGUCGGCGAACGUUCAUGGGUUACUGGGUCCCCCUGGCCCUGACCGUGGGCGUCGCGACCAUUGGCGUUGCGGCCUGGAUCUGGAGUGAACGAAGCGAAGAUGAUGACGACGACGAAAACAACCAUCACCACCACCACAACCGCGAUUACCCCCGCGACGACGAGAGGUUCCCCGCGCCCGGUCCUGCCGGUGGGCCGGGCUUGCCGCGCGACGCCUACGAGGAAGGAGACUAUGCCCGAACUACGGGGACGGACGUUCACGGCGAGCAUCCAGACGAUGCCAGCGUCAUGGCUCGCAUGCAGGGUGCUUUGCGCCGCACGCCCAGUCCGCAGCAGAUCUUCGACGGGGCUAGCAAGCGAGUCGCGGCCGGCGUCGCCGCAGCCGGUGCCUUUGUUGGCGGCGCCUUGACGUCUAUUCGGGAGGAGGAUCGCGGUGACUUUGAAGAUCAUUCUCGCUGGUCGGAGGAGGUCGAAAACAGAGCUUCUCGCGGCAGAGGACAGCAGCAACAGCAACCACAACAACAACAGCCUGAUGUCACGGCGCCUACUAUGAGUGGUGCUCUCCCUGGUCAGGCUGGUGUCGAUAAGAGGAAGAAAACGGUGGCUAUUGUUGUUUCGUCGGAUGCGUCGCACCUGGAUCCCGAAGAGUUCUCGUCUGAGCAUGUGUCCAUCCUGUCGCAUCUUCCUGAACAUGUCAAUCCCGAUACAACUCGAAUUUUUGUGAUGAUAUAUGCGCCUGGGUUGAAGCAUGCUCCUUCUCAGGGUAACGGAUCGCACCCCACUCUCUCCGUCACGUCGUCUUAUUCGAACAUCGCCCCCGAAGAGGCUCAGUCGCUCGGUGAGCUUCCCUCGCCGGGCACUGUCACGGCGGCCGACGAGCCCGAGGGUUCCACGCCGCUCUUCAAGACCAUGUACACGCAAGCCCAAGCUAUCGUUGAGAAAACGAACACCAUCAUGCCGUUCAGCACUCGGACGGGAUACGUGCACCUCGUCCGCCACAUUUCGCCGGAUAUUGUCUACGUACAGGAGUCCCUGGCGGGUAAGGAUGGGGAAGCCGUGCAUCAUAUCUCCGGGUGGGUCAGACAGGUUGUCGUCGUCGUCGGCGAUGAAGGCGGCCGAGGCGGUCUGGUCGACAGCGAAGACGAGUCGGCUCUUGGCGAGCCAAAUGAACCAUGGUGGCAGAAAGAGGGCACCACUGGCAUCGGCAAACGGAUUGACGUCGUUGAUGCCCUCCGCACUGGGGAUGACUGGCGACGAAGAGUGUCUGGCUUUGACUAG